AUGAAGAAGAUACUCAUAGGCUUAAUUAUAGGUCUCUUUUUAUUCUCAAGCGUUAAUGCCAGCGUUAAUCUCACUGAAGUCUAAAAUGCCAUCUCUAUCUAGCAAGGCAUUAAUUGGGCAGAAGUACACAACAAUACUUGGUACUAUCCUCCUUACUUAGGCGAAAUGUUUAUCAGUGAAUACUACUUCGAGUUACUCGUCUUGAAUUGGACUCAUAAAUCUGCUUUCAACGCUACAUACUUUACAGAACGUCUCCUCUAGACUUAAUUCGAAGAUGGUUCAUGGGAGCAAGUCAGAGAACAAAAUCUUGAAACUGGUUAGUUAGAUGCUACUGUCUUUAACUACUGGUACUUAAAGUCUAUUAACAACAAUCCUAAAAUUGAAGCUGCUCUAUAAAAGGCUAGAAAAUGGAUAGUUGCUUAGGGUGGUAUUGAAGCAACUCAAACAAUGACCAAGUUUAAGUUAGCAGCCUUCGGUUAAUACAGUUGGGAAGAUUUAUGGUAUGUCCCAUUGUUCAUCUUCAAGUAGAAUGGAAUUUUCAAAUAUACCUACGUUAAGGAUAUUGUUGCAUAAUGGGUCUAUCCACAUUUAACUGCCUUAGCUUAUUUGCGUUACUAAAGAACUGUUUUCAAUGUUCCUGUUGCUGAUUUGAGAGAGCUCUGGAUCAAUUACCCUAAGAACGGUAUUAAAAUCAGUCCAAGAGAAUACUCUACACUUAAUCCUGAUAGCGAUCUCUUGAUCUUAAUGGACGAAAUCUUCAAACUUAAACAACCUCUUGGAAGUUUCGGUGCCUACACUAUUUCAACCCUCUUGACUUUAAUGUCCUUCAAAGACUUUUAGUCAAAGCACCCUCAUCUAUACCAAAACGAAAUACAAAAGGCUUACGAAGACGGAUACUAUUUCGUUGAGUUUAACUACUUUAACUUUAGAGAAGCUUAUCACGGCUCUUUGGAUGAUGGUAGAUGGUGGGAUACCAUUCUUAUUAGUUGGGCUAUGCUUGAAAGUGGCUAAGAUAAAGAAAGAAUCUUCCCUAUCGUAUAAAAUAUGGUCAAAGAAGGUCUUUAACCUAAAAAAGGUAUAGGUUAUGGAUAUGAUUUCGAAUAUGCUCCUGACACUGAUGACACUGGAUUACUUCUCGUUGUUAUGAGUUACUACAAAGAAGCCUUCUAAAAGUAAAUCCCUGAAACUAUUGAAUGGCUUUUCUCUAUGCAAAAUGACGAUGGUGGCUAUCCAGCUUUUGACAAAGGUAAAAAUGAAGACAAUUUAUUGUUCAAGUUUGCCUUCAAUAUGGCUGGUAUUGCUAACUCAGCUGAAAUCUUCGAUCCCUCAUGUCCUGAUAUUACUGGUCACAUCAUGGAAGGAUUGGGUGAGUUUGGAUAUCAAGCUAAUCAUCCUUAGAUUUAAAAUAUGAUUAAAUAUCAAAGAAAGACUUAGAACAAGUGGGGAUCUUGGUAAGCUAGAUGGGGUGUAAAUUACAUUAUGGCUGUUGGAGCUGUUGUACCAGGUUUAGCAAGAGUCAAUUACGACUUAAAUGAACAGUGGGUACAAAAUAGUAUAAAUUAUUUGCUUAAUAAAUAAAAUAAAGAUGGUGGCUUUGGUGAAUGUGUCCUUUCUUAUAAUGAUCCUGAAAAGUGGAAUGGUAUAGGUAAAUCUACUGUCACUCAAACCUCAUGGGGACUAUUAGCUCUUUUAGAAGUUUAUAAUUAAAAUGAACAAAUUAAGCAUGCUGCAGAUAGAGCUGCUUAGUAUUUAUUAGAUUAAUUCAAAAGAGACGAUAAUACCUUCUAUGAUCACUCCACAAUAGGAACAGGUCACAGAGGAUUACUCUAUUUAUAGUACCCCUCAUAUGCACAAUCAUUCCCAUUAGUAGCUUUAAAUAGAUACUAAAAAAUAUCUCAAGGUUAAUAUCACUUCUCCAAAAAUUUGUACAAUGGUAAUGGAGAACCUGUAUAAAAAUAAAAUAUUUGA